GCCAUAUAAUUUAAGAACCAGGGGAUGAGCUCCUCACUCCUCUCAAUACCACGCAACACUACUCCGCGCGGCGCUCACUCAGACAGCAGCAACACAGCCAGGAAGAAAGGGAGACUUUCUCAAGAAAGGCUGACUGAGACCUCCACCAUGACAGCAGUGUGCAGGCUCGCGGUGUUCCUAGCGGCGGUGGCGUUACCUUGUGGCUUAGCGGAAAGUGAACAAGCGGCACCUUCCUGCUUCAAGCUUGGUGGUAGUUGUGUGGCGACAACAGAUCGGUGUUCCCUACAGCUGAAACACACCCACGACUGUCCUGAUGGCUGGUGCUGCCUCGAGAGAAUGGAAGGAACAAAUGUUCUUCUGAGGACCGCAAGAGAGUCGCCUGAGGAGCUGCUCAAGAGAGGACAAUCGGGUUGUCCCCAAAAGUCCAAGUGCACAAAGAAAGAUGGAAAGUGCAAAAAAAAGUGUUCCAAGAAGGAGGACAACGUUCCUGAACUUUGUGGAAAGAAAUGUCACUGCUGUGUCUCAAAAAAAUCAAAAGAAUGCAAAAUGAAGACAAAAUGUAUUAAAGCGCAUGGCAUAUGUAAGAAACGGUGUUCCCAUGGAGAGGACGAAGUCUUGAAUGGUUGCUCUGGCAAAGGCUGCAAAUGUUGCACUGUUGCAGAUGUUGCAGAAGCAGGUUGUAACGAUAUGGAUGAAUGCAUGAAGGCAGGAGGCUCGGUCAAGCUCAGGUGCAACCACAAAGAGCAAGAAGUGGCUGGCGGAUGUUCUCACAAAUUCUGCUGCUGUGCUCCAAAAGACGUCUGUCAAGUACUGUCGGGUUGUCUGGCUGGUCGCGGCGUCUGCAAAACAACAUGUAAUGUUUGGGAGCAAGAUGUGGGAGCAGGAAGUGGCUGUGGUUUGAGUUGCAAGUGUUGCGUCCCUGUGGAACACGCUGCAAUAGAGAUUAAGAAGUGUCUUAAUGAAGGAGGAUCGAUUAAAGAACGCUGCUCGGUGACAGACGACGAGAUGGGGCUGGGCUGCACCGGCAGCUAUUGCUGCUGCGUCUCCAAGGAUGUCUGUGACGCUCACGGAGAUUGUUCACACGGACGUGGAUCUUGCCGGACAAAUUGCCGUGCGUGGGAGAAGCAGCUAGGCGGAUGCGGAGACAACUGCAAGUGUUGCGUGCAAAUAGACACUGAAAGUGUAGAACUGGAAGCCUGUAUGAAGGCCGGAGGAUCGAUCAAGACUCAGUGUUCAUCUGUGGAGAAAGAGGUGGGACCAGGCUGCUCAGACGGCCACUGUUGCUGCGCUCCGGCGGAUGGUUAG